AUUGACGGCGAUUGGACAUUAAAUUAACAGUUUUUCACAAUUUGUGUAUCGAGGGUGAUACAACAUUUAUUAUAUGUACAAUGACGGUACGAAUACAAAGUCACAACGUGAAGAUUUUUCACAUGUCGAAACGCGACUCCAAAAAUAUGUUCGAGGCGAGAGAAAACGAACGCCAGGAACCUGUCGUUCCGUGUCGCGUAUCACACGGCGGACAUGUUAAGAGGAACGAAGAUAUAUCUUAACUGUUGCACUUGCCACUCGCCAAUUAAGCGUGAAAUUAACAAACAUUUUGGCUCACUAGCCACCGCAAAGGUUUCAAUUUUCUGAAUGUGAGACGGCAGAGGUCUAUCAGAGCGGUACUAUGCAUCGGUAACAUGAUCUCGCAGUCACACCCACUGACAGUUUCUAGAGAACUCUGUCCGCGCUUCACAAAAUCCUUCGUAUAAAUCAAAUUAAACGACUCUCGAGCUUCGAUCGAGGCAUGUAUUUUAAAAAGCAAUUUUAUCUGACAAAAAGUAUUGCAAUUAAAGAUUUUAAAUUCUAUUUUGUUAGCUCGAGAAUUAUUCAAGAAAAUUUGCACAAUAAAAUUACGAGUUGUAUAAAGUUAGAAGAGAUUCACGUAAUUAAUUUUGUUAUCUUUAUGUCGACUCAUCGUGUGCAUGAAAAAAGUAUACACAAUCAGGAAUACAAUCUCAUUAAAAUCACAGUUUAUAUCAAACGAAGGAGCAGGUUCGCCGGAAUGGCGGUAUGAUGUAAAUUCGCGGAUAUUCGCGGGUCGCCACUUCUUGGCGGUGUCUAAUAAUAUACCGAAGACCCAGUUUUUCGUGUUUUGGGCAACGCACUCAAAACGAUCUCAUUAUUAUAUACGAUAAUCUGGAAAUAUGUUCAUCGCGUAGGAAAGAUGAUCUUCGUAAUAGCUACCAGCACCAAAUAGUCACCGAAAUAGCGGUUUAAUGGCAUAAAUGCAUUUGUCGAACGCAUUAAGCAGUGCCAUCGGAUUAAUUAUUAGACAAUAACGUACAGUUGUGAAACUAAACAUUACACAUUUUUCGUACGAUAUAAUGAUACACUUUUGUGAGUGUUACGUCUGUUGCAUUGUAAGUCAAUUUAUUAUUUUUAAAUUAUUUUUAAAUGUGAGUCCGAUUAAGGUAUUAUUGUUCAAACAUACUAUUUAUAUAAGUACUUGUAUGCCUUUCGACCGGACAAAUUCAGUCGGAAUCAACGACAGUUCCCUUUUUCUCUCUUCUUUCUAUUAAAUUAAUAAGUUAUAGCUGAAUCAAUUUUGCAUCGCAUCUGUUACCUAUCAUGAUUAUUAAACGGCGUUCCGUGGCAGUGACAGAAAUUUAUAGUCACCUCAUUACCACCGUUUAGUGGUCGCUACCGUCUCGCAAUACGAGAUCAUUAAAAGCUCCUUCCAGAGACGCACGUGCUUGCCAAGAUCCGCCCAGGGGAUUGUGCGAUUGGUCGAGCUCGCGAUGACGUCGUGAGCACGUGGCUUUGGGAUACCGCCUCAAGGGACGAAGAAUUUGACUUGAGUGCCAAAAAAAUAUUGUUGGACACCGCGAGUAACCCCGACAAAACAGUCGCUGGUUUCGGCUCUAAUCUUCCGAACACAGAGAUCAAGGGGGUACCAAUGUAAUCAGAGAGCUUUGUUGUUCAUUCUUUCGGUUAUUGCCGAUAUCACCGUUUUCUCGUUUAAUUAAAAUAUAAUAUAAUGUAUUAAUUUACAAAGAAGAUGCUACAAGUGAAAUACCAAAAUCGUGCGAUUAAGUUUUGGUGAAACGGUAUCGUCACUAAACUGAUUCUUGUGAUAUCUUAAGUACAUAAACCGGGUCAGAGAAAAAAGUGAGUGAUAUUAAAAAUUAAUAGAAAGAACUUAAAAAUAUAAUCCUUGAAGAACUAACUUCAAUAAACGCGCACCAUUCACUCGAGAGUAUCGAAAAGACAGUUUUAUAGAUGCUAUUAGCAAGAUAUUCUGAGUAUUGUCUCGACCAAAUAUAUUCAAGAUGUCCGACGAAGAGAUGAAAAAGUCAGGUUCGCCGAAGGGGACGAGCGAUUCUGCGGAAAAUCCGAGAUUGUGCUCUUUCAGCAUCGAGAGACUAUUAGCACCGAGCAAGAUAGAGGAAGAAGAAAAUAAGUUCUCACAGCACACCGAUUUGUCCUUGCUUUGCCAAGAAAAUAACGAAUUGGAGACGAGAAUGGUUGUUGCACCCGAUUCAUCCAUGUCAAUGGCGGAGGAAAUUGAGCUCGACGAUACUGACAUGGUAUUCUCGACAUCUCCUGAACCAGAGAUGUAUUAUGAAGCGUGCACCAGCAGUAGCGGCGCGAAUUCGACCACGAGCGCGGACAGGGACGUCCAGGAGAAGGCCGCCGCCGCUAUUAGCGACGACGAGAGGAAGAAGAGGCCACGCACCGCGUUCACCGCCACGCAAAUUAAAUCCUUGGAGGCGGAAUUCGAGAGGAACAAGUACCUGAGCGUGGCGAAGCGGCUGCAGCUGAGCAAGAAUUUGAAGCUCACGGAAACGCAAAUAAAGAUAUGGUUCCAAAAUAGACGGACUAAAUGGAAAAGGAAGUACACUAAUGACGUCGAGCUAUUGGCGCAGCAAUACUAUUCGAGCUUAGGAAUUCCAGCACCACGACCCAUUUUUGUCGGUGAUCGCUUAUGGUUCUUCAAUUACCCGGGACAAACGCAACCGGCAAUACCAUUGCUGCCGCAGCAUUUAACACCGUUAUCGCUACCGCCUGCAUUGCCUAUUGUUCAACCGUUGCCCAGUAAUCUAUCGAUGAGACAACAAACAUCCAUCUUUCAAAACAUACCGACCAGCCACAUCGCGCAUCAUCUAACUCAGAGAUUGGACUUUAGGCAUCACGACCCUUAAUUUGCGGGUACCUAAAUUAAAUCGGUGUGACCAGUUAUAUAAAAUAAAUUAAUAAUCCUUUGCGUACAGAGCAGUAUGCGACUAUGAAAUCAAACUUGUUUGUCAGUAACGAACGUUAUAACUGUGUAGCGCACUUCUUUAGUAUAGCGUACCAUAUCGAUACUGAUCGAUUACGAAACGCAUAACUAUCACUAUUUUAAUUUGUUACUCAAGUUAAAUUACAUAAGAUAUUUAUUUUAUAUAUUUUUUCAUAAAAUGAUUUAUUUAUGAAUAUUUUUGGCCAUGAUUUCAUUGGCCAAUUGUUUUUACUAAAACGUGUAUCAUAAAUGCAAUAUUUCAUGAAGAUAACUCGUUAAACACAUGUGGAUUCAUUGUACUCAAAGGAUUAAAUCAUUUCAUGGUACGGCAUAGAAAGAUUAUAAUCUAAUUUAAAUAUAUACUCGGAUAGGAAAUGUAAUACAGACUCGUAUAAAUAAACUGCUUUUGGCGCAAGAUA